AUGAGCACAGUGUCCGAGCCUCUGGUGAGCAACAGCAGCAGGUCUUUAUCUGCAGCCAAGAGACACAAGAGCAUCAGGAAGAACUCCAGGAGGAUUUACUCAGCCUACCGGGACCACCAGCAGGGCUCCUCAGAUGAUGAAGACAAAGAGGACGAACGGGUCGACAGCAACGACCCUGAGGAGAUGUUCCAGAACAUUCAGCACCAGAAAGAAAUCAUCGCCAACAUCCGGACCAGACCGUGGCCGAUGAGACGCAAACUCAAAGUUUUAAAACAGGCCAGGGAGAUCGUUCUGAAGUACGAGGGCCGACUGACCAGAACCAGAGGUUACCAGACUGCAGGAGCUGAUGUACUGCUAAAAGUGUCCCGUGUGCUUUACAACGUCGUGGUUCUGUCAUUCUGGGAAGUGAGGAUCAAGAAACAUUGAAAGUGAGGGGUGGCCUCCUACUUCAUCUUCCUCCGGUGGUUGUUCGGCAUCAACAUCGUUCUCACCAUCAUGACCCGGAGCCUUCCUCGUCCUCCCGAGCUUCUGGCUGGAGCUCCGUUUGGAACAACGAGGAGUAAAACCAUCCCCAAAGAGCAUCUGGCUUCGGCCCAGGACCUGGACACCAUCUGGUCUCUCGGGGGUUAUCUGCAGUACUCGGUGUUAUUCUACGGUUACUAUGGCAGAGUGAGGAAGAUCGGCAGUGCCGGAUACCGACUACCACUCGCCUACUUCCUGGUUGGGAUGGCCGUCUUUGCCUACAGUUUCAUCAUCCUGUUAAGAAAAAUGGCUAAGAACUCUCGUCUGAGCUUGGCCAGUGCCUCUGAUGAGAACUUCACGUUCUGCUGGAGGGUUUUCUGUGCCUGGGAUUAUCUGAUCGGAAACCCAGAGGCUGCAGAGAGUAAAGGGGCCGCCAUCGUCAACAACAUCAGGGAAGCCAUCGUUGAAGAGCAAGAGAAGAAGAAGGACACCAGUCUAGCCGUCCUGAUCAGCCUGCGUAUCUUAGCGAACAUCCUGGUGCUGCUGUCUCUGGCCGGCAGCAUCUACAUCAUCUACUUUGUGGUGGAUCGCUCUCAGAAACUGGAGCAGGAGAAGCCGGAGCUGACGCUGUGGGAGAAGAAUGAGGUCAGUGUGGUGGUGUCUCUCAUCACCAUGAUCGCUCCAUCAGCCUUUGAACUCGUCGCUCAGCUGGAGAUGUAUCACCCCCGAACAUCUCUGCGAUUCCAACUGGCCAGGGUUCUCGUUUUAUAUCUGGGAAAUCUCUACAGCCUCAUCAUCGCCUUACUGGAUAAAGUCAACAGUAUGAGCUCUGCUGUGAGUACAAACCCAGGUAACUGGUCCGACACCAGCUCCUUCCUGGCCACCAUCUCCCAGCCUGACACCGACAGCCUGUCCACCUCAGUGUCUGAGAUCUCCGUCUCUGAACACCGUAACGUCACAUCGUCCACCAUCGCCACAGUGCUGGAGGUGUCCAACAGCACCAGGAGCAGCUUAGUGUCCAUGUCCAACCAGACGGCUCUGUUUGAGAAGAACACCCGCUCCCAGCAGGACCAGUGCUGGGAGACCUACGUGGGACAGGAGAUGCUGAAGCUGUCCAUCAUUGACAUGAUCUUCACAGUGGCCAGUAUCCUUCUGAUUGACUUCAUCAGAGGUUUGGUGGUUCGCUACCUGAGUGACUGCUGCUGCUGGGAUUUAGAGAGCAAGUUUCCUGAAUAUGGAGAAUUCAAAAUAGCAGAGAAUGUCUUACACCUGAUUUAUAACCAAGGGAUGAUCUGGAUGGGGGCCUUUUUCUCCCCCUGCCUCCCUGCCUUCAACGUCCUGAAGCUGAUUGGUCUGAUGUAUCUGAGGAGCUGGGCGGUUCUCACCUGUAAUGUUCCCCAUCAGCAGGUCUUCAGAGCGUCCAGGUCCAACAACUUCUACCUGGCCAUGCUGCUGUUCAUGCUGUUCCUCUGUAUGCUGCCCACCAUCUUUGCCAUAGUGAGGUACAGACCCUCCCAGCACUGUGGACCGUUCAGUGGUCAGGAGAAGAUUUAUGACAUCAUCUCUGAGACGGUGGCCAGUGAUUUCCCCUUGUGGUUCAGUAAAGUCAUGAGUUACGUCACCAGUCCUAUUGUGGUUCUACCAGCUCUGCUGCUGCUGUUCAUGCUGAUAUACUAUCUCCAGGCCAUCGCUAGAUCCCUAAAGUUUACCAACAACCAGCUGAGGAUGCAGCUUCAGACUGAGCGGACUGAGGACAAGAAGAAAGUCUUCCAGUUGGCUGCAGCCCGGCUACAGGCUCCGGAGGCGGGGGCCGAUAAAACCACGGAGCAGCAGGAGAGUGAUGUCACCAGCCACGACGCCUCCAUCCACACUCCGUCACCGCGACGCAACGGCAGCGUCGCAAACUUUGAGUCUCCUGUUCGCCGUGGCAAUAGCAUCCGCACAAUCAGCCAAUCAGCAUCCAGGGCGGACCUCAACAGAGGAGGCGUGGCUGGGUCGUCCAGAAGUCCAACAGUGUCCAUCCUGCCCAAACACAGGCUGGAGCACAGGCCUCCGCCAUUUCUUGGGGGUCCUAGCGGCACCUGCAGGUCCAAGUCCUACCACCACAUGAUGCACAAUCCUCCAUCUCGCUAUUCUGACAACAUCCACUCUGACCCCCUGUACAGGAAGACCAUUCGCUCCUUACAUCCUGUCGAGGCAGCCGGGAUCAUCACAGCUCAGAGUUACAGCGGACGGCGAGGCCACACCACCCGAUACGUGAUCGUCAAUGAGCACGAGCCAAGGAAGAAGCUGCUGCGUUCGACCACACGCAUCCCACGCCAUUAUCUGAUGGAGGAACCUGCAGAGAUCCUGGAGCUGUACCCGCGAAACAUCAAACGCUACACGACCCGAGCUGUUCAUCAUCAUCAUCCUCACAGGUCGCAUUCGUCACAACAGCACCUGAGUGAAGAGGAAGAGGAGGAGGAGGAACCGGGAAACUGCAGAAGGAGAGUAGUUUUGGGUAAAACUCAUCGGCCUCGGUCCCUGUCGGAUCUGCACCAGCCGGCGCAGUUUUACAUCGGAGACCGAGGGGAAAGCCACGGCUCCACGACCAAAGACAAAGGACGGUAUGGCGGUCGAGAUGAGGAAGAGGAGGAGGACGGUGAAGGAGAAACAGACUGGGGGGAUGUGGAGGCCAAUGCCAGGGGAGCAGACCCUGUUGUGGUUCGCACCCGCCGCUACAUCCACUCCCCAGGAAGACACUGUCAGUCGCCGGGCAAGACCAGGCACGUGGAGUCGUAUGUGAAGCCGAAGAUGAGGCCGAAGCUUGAGCCUCCUCUCACCGAGUCCGACUCGGCGUCCGUGGCCUCCAGCAGCGACCAGCAGAACAGCAGCAUCGACCAGUACAUCCAGGUCAUCCACAACAAGGAGCGCUAUCUGAAAUCUGACGCCAGGCACGGAAAGAUGGCCAAGAAGAAGUCCAAGACCAGCUUCGAUCCACACGGGUCCGAGUCAAACGACCUGGUCUGCUCCAACGUGUGACAUGUGCAUUAACAUGUUGUAGCCAGUGUUGUGCAAGU